AUGGCUUAUAACUGGUUUCGCAUUGAUCGGGACAAUAUCGGAAGUAUCCUCGACACUAACGGGGAGCCCCUUUACUUGGAUGAAUACAAUGGUCUUCUGCGUGAAAUUAUCGAGCGCAACGACGUGCCGACUCUCAAGUGUUAUAUACGGCAGAUUGCAGGAAAUGUUCCUCAACGUGACGGCACGAUACAAGAUGAUCCAUUGUGGGUUGCCGCCGCAUAUGGUAGCAUUGAUGCCCUCCGCGUGCUUCUUGAUUUGUAUGAGACCGAUUCAGCACAGAAUCAAGUACUAGGCGUAGACACCAGGGGAUUCUGGAUGCUAGAUACUGCUUGCGAGUACGGUCAGCUUGAAACAGCGAGGUUCCUGCUUGAUCGCGAUUAUCCGCUUGGGGCAGCUUACACUGAACGUCCUAACGGUGAGCUUGCGUUGCUGUCCGCGGGUAGUUCUCUGGUGCAGGCAGGUUCUUAUGAGUUUACAAAGAGAAAUCGACAUCAACAUGAUAAUAAUAGUUGUCUGCAAGACCGCGUCGCCCGAAGUGAGGAAUUGAUACGCCUGCUCCUUGACAGGGGUGCUUCCCCUGAAAAUGCUGUUCAAACACUUUACUUGGCACUUCAUGAGAAAAGAGCAAAUAUAAUACCACCCCCAGAACAGCAUCGGAUUCAAAGGCUGCUUGGUCAGAUAGUCUCUCGGGGAAGUUAUGAAUUGGUUUCGCGCCUGAUUAUUGACAGUGCAGAAAUACACAAGCGGCAAGAGCUGAGGUAUAAUCAAACUGUCCAACACGUCACUCCUCUUCAUAUUGCGAGCGGCUUCUGGAAUAUACCUGCGAUCCAGGCGCUGUUUGACCAUAGUGAUAGGUCUGGAGUUGGAUUUUCUGAGAUGGUCUCUGUAAGUGACCACGAUGGACGUUUGCCACUGCACUGGGCAGCACAUGGUGCGGAAAUUGGUGGGGAGAUGAGUGAUGAACAAUUUAUAUCUGAAGAAGACCUAUGUGCGCGAACAAUAGGUACUCUUAAGCUACUUAUAGAAAACAACCCUGACACUGUCAACUACCGUGACAGUCAAUCUAUGACUGCGUUACACCAUUUCGUAAAUGGUCAUAGCGUCUGUAGCAGCAAGCUUCAUUUCGAGGAGAUCAUACGAUUUCUCUGUGAGACCGGGUUGGACGCUAGCUCUUACAACAUUUGGGGUUGUACCACGUUGCAUGAAUUGGCAAAAACUUGGAAUCCUGUCAGCCCAGACGUUCUCCAGAUACUUUUGAUGCACGGAGCCAAGACUACAAUUAAUCAUAUCGACUCACUUGGGAAAACCGCUCUUCACAGAAUGGCGAAAAAUUUGCGACAGGUUGAAGCAGUUCGGGUGUUACUCAGUCAUGGCGCGGAUAAGAAUGUUUUGACUUCGGAAGGGAACUCGCCUCUUCAUGAAGCUGCGAUGGGUGUGCUCAGAGCUUCUAUAGUGUGGGAGAAAGAUACAAAAACUGAGCAUGUGUAUCCAAGCAUGGCGGAUAAAGUCAAGGUACAGGACGAAAUGGUUAUGGUAUUACAAGAAGCCGGAUGCUCCAUGGAUCAGCGUAAUCGUGAGGGCAAGACCCCUCAACAGCUCUUGGAGGAGACCCGGGCCAACUGGCAUAGAAUUGAAGAGUCGAAGGGAAAGCCUCUAAUAAGGGGACGCGGUCGUCGUUGA